GUUAGGGUUCGAAGAAGAAGACAGAGAGCGCCCCUGCCAGCGUCCCUGCACUCCUUGUCCUCUCAUACUGCCAUAGCCGAGAUUCCGAUUGUUGCCUCCCCCUUGUCCAUGCUCGUAGCCACCGUAGAAGCCACUAUUGCCUCCGUUCCCUCCGUUGCCCUUGCCUUUACCUCUGUUCUUCCCUUUUCCACCGUAGCUGCGAUUGUCAUUCUUUCCGCGACUGUCAGUGUAAUGCACUUCAGCCGGAGGUGAUCCAAGGAUUCCGGAGAGGGAGCCGGAGCCAAUUGUUGUGACUGCUGUGGGUAACAGCAUACGACCGCCGUUCUUCAGGCCCCAUGAGCAGUGAGGUCACCCCACUGUUGUUCCAGAAGAUCUUCCUGGGCAGCCGUCUGACUGAGAAAUGCCGUUUCCAGAGAACGCCAUGCUUCAUUAGAUGUCUUGGCAGAAAGGAUGGUAAACCCAAUUUCUUCGGUCACAGCUAGAAUAAUGCAGGUAUAUGCAUCCUCAGAUGCAUCUUUCUGCGAUUCCUGGGGUCAAUUGCUUGUCACGGAGAGUUUGCGGAUACUUCUCUUUAUGUCGGGAUUUCUCCACUUCCUGUGCUCUUGUUAAAUCUAUAGACUUGGUUGAAGAAAGCAACAACAGCUUGGACAAGGGUAACUACCUAGAGCUGCGCCAACGGAUGCGCAGUUUCGCUUCUUCUGGUGAUUUAAGCGGGGCAAUACAGACCUUUUAUUUGAUGAGAUAUGAGUUGGGGACCGCAACUGUUCACGAUUAUAAUGUUAUCAUAUCUUCCUAUCUGAAAUCGAGAAGUGGAAGUAUGGAUGGUUUAGCUGAAGUGUACGCGGGUAUGAAGAGAUUCGGGCCUUCUCCCAAUGCCUUGACCUUCACUAUGCUUUUCAAUGGGAUGCUAUCUUUUCGGUAUCUCAAAGAGGCAAUUUCCAUGCUCCGUGAGAUGCGCACAGCUGGUUUUGUACCGUCUUUUAGGUCUCUAACCAGAGCGCUUAAUAUGUCACUCAAGAAAGGGUGCUUAGUCAAUUCGAUUGAUGCACUCGAGCUAAUGUUGGGACUGAACUUCAUGCCUACUAAGAACUCUGUGCAUUCCUUGAUUUCUUUGAUGAUCAGUGAGGGAAGGUUUCAGCAGGCUUAUAACAUUCUCUCUGUUCUGUUCGCCAGGGGCUAUUUCUGCUCCGCCAAUAGCUUUAAUCUACUUUUGUGGGUCUUAUGUAAAUCGGGAUGCAGUUAUUCAGUUCUGGAGAUAUUUUGCUUGAUGAAGAAGAAAGGCAUUUUUCUGGACGUUCGCUCUUACACUGCUUUAAUUUAUGGUUUUAUCAAGGAAGGCUUACGUAAGGAAGCAUUUCAAUGUUUGGAUGAUAUGAGGGCUGAUGGAAAACAGCCCAAUGUGCGAACAUACACAGUGAUUGUGAAGUUUCUUUGUGACGAAGGAAAAGUUGAUGAAGCACUUUCCCUUUUGGCGCUGAUGGAUAAGGAAGGCUGUGAUGCUGAUCUCUAUGUUUACAACAUUAUUAUUCGGGAACUAUGUCUUAAAGACAGAUUUGCUGACCUUUCUGAAGUGUUUCAGAUUCUCAAUCAAAAGGGGUUUGUGCCUGAUUCCUACACAUUUUCUGCUUUGCUCGAUGGACUGUUAAAACUUGACAAGGUAGAAAUUGCUUACUGCCUAUUCCAUGAUUUGAUUUCUAACGAAUGCCCUGUGGAUGUUGUUGUGUACAAUAUAAUUCUGCACCAACUGUGCCAAGAGAAUAAAACCGAGGAAGCUUUAUCUCUGUUGAAGUUUAUGACUGAUAAAGGUUGCAUGCCAACUGAUGUUUCCUACAACAUCAUCUUGAAUGGGCUUUGCAAGGAGAACAGACUUGAUGAGGCCUUACAGACAUUGGACCAGUUAGAAUGGGCUGCCAGUGGACCUGAUGUGGUUUCUUUUAAUACAAUUCUGUCAGCAGCAUGUAAACAGGGUAACUCUUCAAUGAUUAGAAGGGCUUUAUACCGUAUGGAGUAUCAAGGUGUCAAGCUUGAUGUUGUAAGUUCAACAUGUUUGAUGCAGUAUUUCUGUAAUGUUGGGAAAUUUACAGAAUGUUUCAAGCUAUUAGAAUUGAUGAUGAGCAAUGGUCCUAGCCCCUCAACUGUUACCAUUAAUGUGCUCCUUCACCACCUUUGCAUGAACGGGAUGCUGGGAAAAGCUCGCCAAGUUCUAGACUUUGCUAGAAGUUAUGGGAUUGCCCCAUAUAUUACUUCGUAUAACAUUCUUAUGAAUGCUUCCUUAAGGGAAGGAAAUUUUUUACUGGUUGGUCAUAUUUUUCGGGAAAUUUAUAGCCAAAAUCUCCGGCCAGACAUUGUCACGUAUGGAUCUGUCAUUAGUGAUCUCUGCAGAAGGGGGGAGAUAACAGCUGCUCUGCAACUGAGAUUACAGAUGCUAAAAAAUGGGCUAGGGCCAGGCAUUGCAAUCUACAACACAUUAUUGGAGGCCCUUUUUCGGAGAGGGAAGUUCUGGGAUUUUAUAGCUUUGUUAAAGCAAAUGAACCUGGAAGGAUGUGAGCCUAAUGAGGUUACCCGAGAAAUUCUUAAUCGAGCAAAUUCAAGAGGGUGGACUAAAGGAGUCCCAAAGUUUGCAAAACUUUUAGAGUUCGUUAUCGGGAACCUGUAGGGAAGUGUAUCUCGUGGGUGAUAAGGUGUAGUUGCUCACAUAUUGCAUCCCUUUCAUGAAGCACUCCCUUCUACAUCAUGACUGGUGGAAGAAGAUCGACUUUGAUGAGCACCUUAUGAAGCUCAAUGGUGUUCAUGUUCUUUUUGUUUUGGGAGAUGGGGGCAGUUAUAAACAGGUGCGAUCUCGGGCAGCAGAUUCUGAUAAGGUAGUAGUUGCUCACAUAUUGUAUCCCCUUCCUGAAGCACUAAACCUUCUGCAUCAUGACGGGUGUGAUCUCGGGCAGCAGAUUCUGAUAGGGCAAAUCAAGGAGGCCCACUUGGACGUUUGUAUUAUCAGGAUGCUUCACCAACUACUGAAGGGGGAGGAUUGGAGAUGGAUGCAGGUUUUGUGAGGCAUACACUUGUCCAAUCAAUAUUUUCGGAGGCUGGAUUGGUUUACCGUGGAUCUUGAAUGUGAACAUUUGGUAAUGGAUGGUUGGAUACUUGAAUAGCAUACUGAAUAUGUUGUCUAUGCCAUUCACAGGAUUUUGGAUUGAUAUAAAGAGCAAAGGAAGGUGCUGUGUCUGUUGGGAGUUUGCCAACAAGUGAUAUAUUGGACGGCCGUUCUAUGAGUGGAUAUGUUGCUAAGCUGCUGUUUUUCAUCCACAUCUUAGGAUGUCAGCUGUGUGAACAGUUUUGACUGCUAUCAAGCUCACAUCAGUGCACUCUUUUGCUUCCUAAAGUGCAAUCUUGGUCCAGAAAAUUUACGUGCUGAGUAGUUUCUUCAGGUCUCCUACUUUGGCAUAUUGCAGCCAUUACUUGGCCACUACUUUGCAUGAGUAAAUGAUGAAUGGAGAAAGGGAUUUCAGGUUGAAACUACUCAAACAGAACAUCAUGUGUUCGAUCCAGCACUGUCUCUUGUUGCUGUCUCCACUACUGGAGAUGUUAAUGAUUACAAGGUUGUGCCGUUUCUGAGCGACGAUGUGAAAAAUAAAGACUGUCCUUGACAAUGGCAGGCUGUGUAAAAAAAAAAAAAAUCCGGGCUGCCUCUUGAAGAAGGCUGGAGAUGGCGCUGAAGAUAACAGACCGGGUAAAGUUAGCUGGUUCCCUCCUUUAGCGCGCGCUUGGGAUACGACAUCAGGACUAAAUUUUAUUCUGAAUUUAUUCACUGUAACAAUUGUUGAUUAUUCUCCCACAGGGCUCUUAAGUUCAACCCCCGAGUCGUCUGUUUUCCUACUGGUUUAGAGGCUAUCUAUUCUUUUGUACCAUUAAUUAUAAUUAUAUUUAUUGUAUCAACUGAAGUUUUUAUUUUUUAA